AUGGAGGCAAAAUACGAUCACUGCUAUGCAGUGUACGAGCGGUGUCUCGCCCGUGUUAAGGGGCAAAUUAGCCAGGUUUCCGGGCCCAGCAGGAGUGAAGCAUCCGUUCCUCCUGUAUACUCCAGUGGCUGCCGGCUUCCUCCAGUCGACACCGAAGUGUUCCGUGGGGAUUACUUGCGGUGGCCGACUUUCCGUGACCUUUUCACGGCCAUCUAUGUCAACAAUCCAAGGUUGACUCCGGUUGAGAAACUUUUCCAUCUGAAUUCGAAGACCGCAGAUGAGGCCAACGAAAUCGUAGCCAAAUUUCCGCUGACAAACGACGGUUUCGCGUCAGCUUGGGGUGCUCUUUGCGAACGAUUUGAAAACAAGCGCUUGUUAAUAACAAGCCAGUUGAAAAUCCUGUUCAACCUGUCCACGGUUACCCAAGAGUCGGGAGCAGCAAUCAAGGAGCUGCAGAGCACGAUCCAACGUUGCUUGACCGCUCUUGAGCAUUCAGACAUUUCCUCCACUCCAAAUCCAACGGCAACCAAUGUGCAGAAUUUCUUUGCCAAUAAUGCUCAGAAUGUCCUUCUCGGCUCGGCGGUCAUCAAUGUUUGCCACUUGGGCACUACAUAUACCGCACGUGCGCUAAUUGAUUCCGGGUCCGAAGCGACCUUCAUUUCUGAGCGUUUGUUCCGACGCAUUAAGUUGCCUUUCCAGUCCGUGCGAGCCCAGGUAUCCGGGCUAAAUCACGCAGUUGCGGCCCAAUCGCAGAAGUUAUGUCACUUCAGCAUUGGUUCUCCGACGAAGCCGAGGCUCCAUAUCGAGACUUCGGCAUUCGUAAUUCCACAGUUGGCAGGCAAACUGCCCUCCUUCGAUAUGCCGCGAACUUUCCUAAAGGAUCUACCAGCGAUAGAGCUGGCAGAUCCACACUUCUACAAGAGCGCUCAGAUCGAUAUACUAAUUGGCGCGGAUAUCCUUCCGUCGGUCAUCUUGAGCGGCUCCCGGCCAAACAAUUGUGGCUCACUCCUUGGGCAGGAAACCGUGUUUGGCUGGAUUCUUACCGGCCCAAUCUCCCAGAGUAUGUCGACAACUGUUUCUGCGUUUUCGACAAGAGUCGCCCUCCAAGCAGACGAACAGCUCGACAGCCUACUUUCCAAAUUUUGGGAGGUGGAGGAUAUUCCAGCGAAGCUGAUAAAGGAGUCAGACUUCGUUUGCGAAGAAAACUUCGUUAAGACUACUUCUCGUAGCAAAUGUGGUAGAUAUCGGGUGACUCUUCCAUUCCGGAAGCCCGAUGGCAUUGAACUGGGUCAUUCCAGAUCUAUAGCGCUGGCUCAAUUUCUCAAGAACGAGAAUCGUUUGUCAAGAAACGAUUCUCUAAAGGAACAGUACAAUGCCGUUCUCCAGGAGUACGUGGACUUGGGUCAUAUGACACCCAUAUCGCCUCAGGCGAUUGUCACGACUCCUAAUUUCUACCUGCCUCACCACGCCGUUUUCAAACCAGAUAGCACCACAACGAAGGUGCGGGUCGUUUUCAACGCAUCUUGUCCAUCCUCGAAUGGCAAGAGUCUGAAUGAUAUCCUUCAUUCAGGGCCCAUUCUCCAAUCGGAUCUCACGUUACAGAUCCUCAGAUGGCGAUACUAUCGAUAUGUGUUCAAUGCGGACAUAACGAAGAUGUAUCGCCAAAUCCUCAUGGACUCAAAGCACACACCGUUCCAACGAAUUCUGUUCCGCACGUCGGACGGUGAGAUCCGUGACUUUGAGUUGAACACAGUGACAUUCGGUGUCAACUGUGCGCCUUUCCUGGCUCUACGAGUCCUCCAGCAACUUGCUGAUGACAUACGCUUGGAGUAUCCUCUCGCAAGCCGAGUCAUUUCCAACAACAUGUACGUGGACGACGUCCUAGCGGGGACACACACAAGAGAAGAGGCCAUCCGGACCAUUGCGGAAGUGUGUGCAGCCCUGGACAGCGCUGGCUUCCCGCUGAGGAAGUGGACGUCGAACCAUAAGAGCGUGCUGAAGGACAUUCCAAAGGACCAUCUACUUCGAGAAGAUUUCCUUGAACUCGAAGACUCCAGUACGGCGAAAACUCUGGGCAUCAGGUGGCAAGCUCACGAUGACGAGUUCUUCUUCAUGCCACCCGAAGUUUCCCAUCAGGACUCCUACACGAAGAGGGAAGUGCUCUCGCAAAUCGCUAAGCUUUUCGACCCAGCCGGAUCCGGAUUCAAGAUGGGUCAAUUCCAGACACGAGUGAAGCUCCAGUACCACGGAUUCUGUGAUGCAUCAGAAAGGGCGUACGGAGCAGCGAUCUAUGUCCGUGUGGAGACGGCGAACAAGGUUUCCACGCAUCUCCUUACUGCGAAGACAAAGACCGACUCAACAAUUGUUCUCGCCUGGUUGAACAAGCCACCCUGCCGAUGGACAACCUUUGUGGCCAAUCGUGUGGCCAAGAUUGUCCAAGCCAGCGACGCCAAGAACUGGUCGCAUGUGCGAUCCGAGCACAAUCCGGCAGAUCUUGCAAGCCGUGGUGUCCUGCCACAAGAAUUGAUUCGUAAUCCUUUGUGGUGGCAUGGACCAGAGUGGCUUCAUCUCCCGUCGGAGCAAUGGCCAACAUCUCCAAGUCCCAUUCCGGAGACUCUGCUGGAGCAGCGGAUUAAGUGCAACGUCGCUAAGUUACCUCCGACUCCCGACUUCCUGAGCAAGUUCUCUGAGUUUGGCAGGGCACUGCGCACGUCUGCCUAUGUUCUCCGAUUCAUCGAUAAGAGUCGGAAGUUGGCAGUUCCAAGCUCUACCGUGGUCCAGGCGGAUGAGCUGUCACGGAUCCAAGAGCGGCUAAUCGUCAUGGCUCAACGACACACUUUCCAACAGGAAUACCAAUGUCUGCAGUCCAAGCAGCCGGUUCCUUCCUCAAGUUCAAUCCGAAAUUUGAACCCUUUCCUCGAUGGCAAGGGGAUUCUACGGGCCUGUGGGCGUCUGAGGGCGUCCCACUCGCUGCGUUACGAUGAGAGUCAUCCAAUCAUCCUCUCGUAUUCCUCGUCCUUUGCACGACUACUGUUGAAGGUCCUCGUUAAAUCCACCAUCAACUCCUGCAAGGUUUGCGUCAUCUACAAGAAGAGAUUGCAGACCCAAAUGAUGGGGAACUUGCCCAAGGAAAGGGCGUCCUACUCGAGACCGUUCACGCACACUGGAGUCGACUUCGCCGGCCCAUUCGAAAUAAAGAACUACACUGGCCGAGCCUGCCUCAUCACCAAAGGAUAUGUCUGCGUCUUCGUGUGCUUCAGCACGAAGGCGAUCCACUUGGAGGCAACAUCGGAUCUCACGACGGAGAAAUUCCUGGCCGCAUUCUCCCGUUUCAUCGCACGGCGCGGGUGUCCACACCAAAUGUACUCGGACAACGGGAAAACCUUCGUUGGAGCUGACAAGGUGAUCUCCAACGACUUCUUGGAAGCGACGAGGGAGUGCAUUAUCGCACAACACGCCCACAAGAGCCUAUCCUGGCACUUCAACCCGCCGGGCGCCCGCAUAUGGGUAGAUUAUGGGAUGCCGGCGUAA